GGGUAAAAAGAGUAUGUCACCACACAAGUUGAUUUUUGAUUUACUGAAAAUACUGAUCUCCGAUGAUGCUCUGAAACAAUGCUAAGCCAGAGAAGUAUGUCAACAAAACCCCUGAAAUAGCAAGCCUAUCCGUAUUACAGUUUAAAGAGGUGAUGUAGCUAUCAAUCUCGUCUAUUUCUUCUUUUAGUAAUGAUAUGUUUAUACUCUCUAUGCUGUAUUCAGAAAACCAAUUGUUCUAACUAAUCACUGAAAUCAUGCACUCAUUGAUGAUUCUUGGCCUAAAUCCUUGUUUGCAGCCUCAUAGACUGAGUAUCCCACUACCUGCUUUGGAAAUUAAAUGAACCAUUGGCUUCAGGUUUAGUUUUACUCUGUGGACAAUGUUCUUUAUUUGUUUCGCUAUAUGAACAAGUAGACUCAUUUUAUUAUCAAUUAUACAGAUUUUGUAA